AUGUGCCCGUGUUCAAGUUUGCAUUUUAUUACUUAUAAUCUAUCUAUCUAUCUAUCUAUCUAUCUAUCUAUCUAUCUCUCUAUCUUCUGUUCAUAUCUAUCUAUCUAUCUAUCUAUCUAUCUAUCUAUCUAUCUAUCUAUCUAUCUCAGGCUUAUCUAUCUAUCUCAGGCUUAUCUAUCUAUCUAUCUAUCUAUCUAUCUAUCUAUCUAUCUAUCUCACACUUUCUGUCUUCUUCUAUGUCACUUCCUUUUCAUAACUAUCUACUACCUAUUUGAGUCUGUUCAUAUCUAUCUAUCUAUCUAUCUAUCUAUCUAUCUAUCUAUUUGUCUUCUCCCUAUAUAUUACUUUUUCUAUUCAUAUAUAUCUAUUUAUCUUCUCUUGCUGUCUUUCUCUCAACAUAUCACUUUUUAUAUCUAUCUAUCUAUCUAUCUAUCUAUCUAUCUAUCUAUCUAUCUAUCUAUCUAUUUCUGCAUUCGUCUGUCAGUUUUGUUUUAUUUUUUGCAAACUGAGAAAAAGUGA